CACACCAAUCUUUAAGGCUCACAUAUCAAAACUCCAUCUUCUCCCUCAGAUCUUUACGGACAAACCACAAAUCUCAUUUUAGCUUCCAAGUCGCUUAUUUAGUCCUUUUCUUCAACACUCCUUAGUUCGCUCUUUAUGUCUACGACGAUGAAGACGCCGGGCUGCAGCUCUGGUUCCGGUAAUCAGCGGCAGCCCAGUCGUUUACAAAAGCGACCUCCGGCGUUAAAGAUAGUUCCUGCUCCGGCGAAUAACUGGAAAACGGCUAUUCCUCUCCUCUCGCCGCUAGCUCUUUCCCCAGACUCUCCAGUCUACCAACCGCCGGUUGAGAAUCAGACGAAAGCUGCUGCGGUUGCGGUUGAGAAAACGCCGGUGUUCAAGACGUGGCAGCAUCCUGCGGCGCCGUUUUGUUACGAUUUAUCAUCGACGUUUGUUCAACCGUUUGUACCUGUUUAGUUUUAGAUCUAAAGGUUCAAAAAAGUACAGUUUCUUUUGGUCUUGUGUAAACUAAUGGCCCACAUUUACGCGAUUUGUUUUUAAACAAACGCGCGUUUUACUAUUUUGUGGUUGGAACAACGCUAUUUUAGUAAUAGAUAAAUAAAUUAAAAGAAAUAUUAAAUAACAA